AUGUCUCAAACGCAAACCGAACCACCGCCAACCGAUGCGCCAGAUGCGCGUGCGCAGGAGCCCAGGCCGCAGGACGCCGCCAGGUCGUACUAUGGGUACCUGUUUGAGGCGGACAAGAAGCCGACGAAGGUGCUAGAUGCGCUAUUGAGAGCGAUCGCGGCUUACAUCAGCGAAGAGAUAGGCUCCAAAGACGAGAAAGCCCUCACGCCCGACAAGCUGGCUGCCUUCUACAAGGCUGUAGGCGGGAACUACGACUCCCUCUUCGUCGACGUCCCCUACCCUUCCAUAUCCUGGAUCUAUGCCUCUAUAGGAUGUCAACACUCCCUCCUGCCCAACCCCUCCAGCGACUUCGAACCUCCCUCCGUCCCCGCCCUUACCCCGAGAGGCUUCGUCCGGUGGCAGAGCAUCGAAAUCCUGCUAGGGCCAGAAGAACACGUCCCCUUUAUACAAAACGCCAUCCGCCUCUUCCCGCUCAUUAACCCGCUCACAAAAACACCCUUUCCUCUCCCGCUACCUAAAGAAGCAUUCCCGUUAGUUCCGGAUGCGGAUAUAGCGAAAUGGCACGACCAGUGCGCUAGAGCACUGCGGCAAAGAGCCUCUCCCACGGAAGACGAGCCUCGCCCGAAUCCACCACCUAGGCCGAAGGUAGAAGCGACUUAUGUACAUGUGAGGCCUACACGGCCCAGAGUAGACUCGCACGCGGAUUAUUUCGAGCGCGAGCCGAAGAGCAUGCGAGUCCCUCUAGGGGGGAGACCAAUGUCUUAUAACCAUGUCUCAAGUACGGGUGUUAGAGGCAAUGUGCCCAUACCCGUCAGGCCUGUCCUUUCGCGCUCGCCGUCCCAUCGCGCGCGCCAGUUUUUGGCGCCCGAGCACUCCAUGAACCCGAGGGUUAACAGGGGAAGGAGAGCUAGUUUCCCGGAGAACGGGAUGACUGGCUCAGGCUCCAGUCCCAUGGAAUCGCCUGUUUAUAGACAUAGUGGUGCCCCGAGUCCGAGGGAGGGAAUGCGGGAGGAAAACGUUAGACGGCAUAGCCACCCACGGCACGCAGCGAGACGAGGUAGUAUGAGUGAAGACGCAAGCAGCAGUGAGGACGGCGGAGCGCCCGGGGCUCCUGCUGCGGAGAGGAGGAGGAGGAGGACCUAUGCGCAUGAAUCGAUGAGACCGCCUGUUGCGGUCCGCUAUUCAAUGUCUGGCGUCGCUCCCAGCUCCACCCCUCUGCCCGACGGGCGGAAGAUGAGAGACAGAGAGCGCGAGCGAGGGAGAGAAAGGGAGAGAGAGGAGGAAGAGAAGAGGAAGAGCCGCCGGGGCUUUGGAGGAAUCCUCCCAGUUGAUGCCAACGGGAAGCUUUCCGCGCCUUUCCUGCUGCGGAAGCGUGAUCGCGAGCGAGACCGCAAGGCGCGGAGUAGUUCUCACAGCGGCGGAAGCGCCGGAAAUGUCAGGUGGAAGGAUUUGGACGAUGAUGCUGUCAAGGAGCUAUGGAAGAACGCCGGGAGUGGCGGGAGCGUGGAAGAGGAUAUCGGCGCCGGGGGCCAUGGUGCUGGGAGACAUCGGGAUAGGGAGAGGGUUCGAGACGAGAAAGACCGAGAGAGAGAGUUCAGACGCAGAGAGCGCGAGCGCGAGAGGAGUCGGCGGCGAAGCUACGAGAGGGAUGCGGGAAGUGGGCGGGAGCAUAGCGGGCGCGAGCGGGAUAGGGAACGGGAAAGGGAGACGAUUGUCAACGGGCGCAUCCCGCCUGCUGUUCCUGAGGGGAGGGGGUUCCGGGAGAGGAGGUUUGUGAGUCCUGUCAGGGGCGUGGAUGGUCGGAGGUAUCCUUCUCAUGUGUAG